GGUCGCAGCAGCUCGGGCGGCGGGAGGAGCGGCAGCGGCCAGGCAGCCCAGCUUCGCGAAGGCUCUCGGCGCGCCGCGGCCCGCAGGCACCCGGCACGCGCCCGCCCCGCCGCCACGAUGCCCAAGAGGAAGGUGAGCUCCGCCGAGGGCGCGGCGAAGGAGGAGCCCAAGAGGAGGUCGGCGCGGCUGUCCGCGAAGCCCGCGCCCGCGAAAGUGGAAGCGAAGCCCAAGAAGGCGGCAGCAAAGGAUAAAUCUUCAGACAAAAAAGUGCAAACAAAGGGGAAAAGAGGAGCAAAGGGAAAACAGGCUGAAGUGGCUAACCAAGAUGCAAAAGACGACUUACCUGCAGAAAACGGAGAAACUAAAAAUGAGGAGGUCAGAAGUGUGUGUUACUGAUUUGGACUCUGAACAGUAGAUAAUAAGUUACAUAUCUUUAUAGAGCAGAUUAAGACAGUCUUUGUUCAUCAGAAUACUAAAGCUUUGUACAGCAACUCCCAGGUGAAUAGAGAGGUGGUUUUUAAGGAUUAGAUCAUAUUUGGAAAUGUAUAUGUUGAUUGCUGCUUCUUUAAAUGAACAAGAAAUUUUAAUAUGUUUAGAAUUUCACCAGUAACAGAUCGACUGUGCAUGUUUACACAGGGUUCAUUAAUAUUACUUGUGUGGAUUUUCAAAAGGAUUUAAUUUGCUAAGUGAUCUAUUACUCUUUUUUUCUUUGACUUAGAACCUCAGUACUUGUUUAAAGAAACGGGCUUUGUGUGUGUGUGACCUGUAGAACUGCUGUAAUAUUGCUUUUCUGGAUAUUCAGAAAUGUUUUGAAUCCAUUCCUUAUUUGGUGGACUUUUCCCAUUUCAUUUUUUAUAAGGAAGUCCAGUUUUAAAGUGGCUGUUUUAGGACUAAAUAACUUAGACCAAGUAAAUAAAAAGACUUGAUGUCUUUAAUCUUUUUAUCCUUUUAAGUUGUGAAAAGAAGACACGAUCUUAAACAAGUAGGCUACACAUUUUGAUAAAUAAGUUUUCUUAGGCCUUUUUUUUUUUUUUUUAAUCUUAUAAUGGUUAAAUCUGGAAAGAAAGAAAUCAGAGUAUUUUUUAAACUUUUGUAUUUAUAGAUCAAAUCUUAAAGCAACCAAGUACUUAUUUCUAACUUGUGAAGUUUAACCAGAAUUUAUUUUAAAUUGGUAGUUCUAACCAUAUACCAUAUAUUAUGUGAUAUUGAGAUGAGAUUACUAAUCUUAGUUAUUAGGGUAGAAUUUGACCUUCUAAUACACAUUCUCACACUCCUAUUAUUCAUGGUGAUUGUGUUCUAGUACUGUGUUCUAGUACUGAACAGUUGUACAUGGAGGAAAUAAAGGGUUAGAUUUUUGUGGCAACGUAACUUGUGCCUAAAUGAAGCUCUGCAACACGUGUAUUUUCUCCACUAGGGACACCACAACUUUCUUGCACUUAGUAGACCGUGUUAUACUUGUCUAGUCAGCAUCAUUAAGAAGCACAAAAAAGAUGUGAAAUGUGUGGUACUAAAAAACUACAAAAAAGGCACAAGUUUAGGACUAAAACAGCCACCCCAGCUGGGAGUGUACAUGCUGAGGAACUCAGGAAAAAAUGCUUUAAGUCUAAGGAAGUGCUGGGAGAAUUGAUUUUGGCGGUUACAAAUAAAUUUUAGUGAAUAGGCAAAUUUGCCAAUACAGAUUCUACAUAGAAUGAGGAUCACCUGUAUUUUCAAGACCUAAUAAUACUAUAUAAGUAAGAGUAUGUUGUGUUAAAUGUUAAAGCUCUCAAAGACAAUAACAAUGACAGAGUAAUCAAGUAUUUGAUUAUUUCUUUUUCUUUGAUUUGCAGAGUCCAGCAUCAGAUGAAGCAGGAGAGAAAGAAGCCAAGUCUGAUUAGUAUCACAUACCAUGUCUUAUCAGUGGUCCCUGUCUCCCUUCUUGUACAAUCCAGAGGAAUAUUUUUAUCAACUAUUUUGUAAAUGCAAGUUUUUUAGUAGCUCUAGAAACAUUUUUAAGAAGGAGGGAAUCCCACCUCAUCCCAUUUUUUAAGUGUAAAUGCUUUUUUUUAAGAGGUGAAAUCAUUUGCUGGUUGUUUAUUUUUUGGUACAACCAGAAAAUAGUGGGAUAUUGAAUGUGGGAGGCUUUGAUUGUCUUGGGUGUCAGCUCAACAUUCCAUAGAUGGGGUAGUUUUUAUAUCCUGUAAUACCAAGCAUACUAAAUGGCAAUUUGGAGUCAGUCGUGCAUUUAAUAUGUCUUGAAUAUUUUAAAUUACUCCUUUUCCCAUGUUGUUUUGGUAGAAUUGUUGCCUAAAGAAAACCACUCCUAGAUCUUGGCUCCCCUUGUCAGAAUUCUUGUGCGCUCUGUAACAUCUUGGUUGUGGUAGUUCAGUUUUCCUAGUAACUCUGUUAAUGUGCUGUGCAAGAUUGAAAAUUUGAGUAUGUAGUGUAUAUGAUAUUAAAUUGUGAAUGAAUGGGACUUAACACUGUUAACAGUGUAUCAGCAUUUGAAUCUAUUGGUACUUGAUACACUGUUAAGGAAAAAUUGUCUCCAAAUUUUAAGCUGGAAGGUCACUGGAAUAACUUUUAGAAAAGAAUCACAACUACGUGAUUUUCUUUUUUUUAGAUUUUUGGUACGUACGUUAGGAAUUGUGUAAAAAUUGAAAUGUCUGUACUGAUCCUCAGAACAACCAAUAAAAACUCAGUUAUGAAAAAA